ACAAAGUUUCUCAAUGUCCAUACAACUACAAAUGAAAAUACUCUUUUUAUUUGGAAGAUUAUAGUCAAAGAACUAAUCAAGCCAAAAGAGUGUGUUUAUAAACUUUCUAGUAGUCGCCUAGAAAUAACCUUAAAAAAGAAAGUUGCAAAACGAUGGGGUAGUUUAGAAGCAUCUAUUGGUCAGUCAUCUACAGUUCCAAGUAAUAUUUGGGUUCCUGUGAGCAGGAGUUCAGUUGUUUCUCAUUCAGCAAGUUCUGAAAAUUCUAAUAAACAAUAUUCAAUGAAGAAAACUGAUGAAGUUGAAUCAAAACAAGGAUCACCCCAUCGUUCUCGUAGAUCCCCAUCUAGGGGAAGAGAAGAUGCAACAAAAACUUCAACUGUCCCAGUUACAAUAGGGGAUAGUAAAUUAUCUGAUUCUGUUUAUUCCUAUAGCAGUAACAGUAAUGUUAAAAAGCCUACAUGCAUGGUUUCUCCACUUAGCAAAAGCAAACAACCAUCACAGAUUGUGACUCCAGGUCUAACAGGAUUAGACAAUUUAGGAAAUACAUGCUUUAUGAACAGUGUUCUUCAAUGUCUUGCUAAUACAAGAGAAUUUCGUGAUUUCUUCUUAGAUGGUCAUUUUCAAUGUGAAAUUAAUAUUGAAAAUCCUUUGGGAAUGGGUGGAAAAUUAGCUGUUGCAUUUGCUGUUCUGUUGAAAGUUCUUUGGUCUGGUACUCAAAAUUCUUAUGCUCCUUCAAAAUUAAAGACAUUGAUAGGAAUGAAAGCAAUUCAGUUCACAGGCUUUGCUCAACAUGAUGCACAAGAAUUUAUGGCUUUUUUAUUAGAUGGAUUACACGAGGAUCUGAAUAGGAUUAAAAAUAAACCUUAUACAGAAAAUAUUGACUCUGAUGGUCGUCCAGAUAAGGUUGUUGCAGAUGAAUCUUGGAGACUUUAUAAGCAAAGAAAUGAUUCUAUUGUUGUUGACAUUUUUCAAGGACAAUAUAAGUCUAAAUUAGUAUGUCCUGUUUGCCAUAAGGUGUCAAUUACAUUUGAUCCUUUUCUAUAUCUCUCCGUCCCACUUCCCAAAAAGAAAAGAGCUCUUCCAAUUUUUUAUUUUUCUAAAGAUCCAUGCUGUCGACCUAUUAAGUAUGUAAUAAUGUUACCUCAAGAUGCAACAGUAGAGGAUUUGAAAGAGAAAGUUUCUCACAGAACAGGAGUUAAUCCAUCAGAUUUACGAGUAUUUGAAGUAUAUAAAAACAAAUUUCACAAAUUUUUUGGAAAAGGCACCAGUUUAUCAUCAGUUACCUUAAAUGAUAUCAUAUUUGUUUUUGAAGUUCUUAGCGAAAAAUUAGCUGGAGAACCAGUCGUUGAGUUUUCUGUUGUUCAGCGUAUUACUAUGCCAUGGCCAGUGUUACGUUGUUCUUAUUGCAAUCGAGAUUGUCCACCAGGUGGAACAAAAUUGAAACGAUGUACAAAUUGUUAUAGAGCUGGCUAUUGUGACCAAACUUGCCAGAAAUAUCAUUGGGUACAACAUAAAAGUCAUUGCAAGUUAACACCUGAAUUUGUUGGCUGUCCUUUUAUUAUAAGUCUACCUAAAUCUAAAGCAACUUUUUCAAAGAUCUGUCAACAAAUGGAAGCAUUUUCAAGGUAUUCUGUUGAUGUAUUUCAACCACCAUUGCAAUUACCUGCUUCUAAUAAAGGAAGUUCAACUUGUACAUCAACCACUUCCUUAAGUGAACAAUCUAGUAAUAUGAAAAAAUCUGACUAUGGUAGUUUAGAUUCUGGAUUGUCGACUUUGAAUCGUAGUAGUUGUAUUUUUUCUUCAACUAAUGAAUUAUCUCUUAAUGAAAGUGAUAAUAUUACACAAGAAUCUGAUUCUGUUCUUAGUUCUGAUGAUUUAACAAUCUGUGCAACAAGAGAUGAAGAAAGCACUCCUCAUAAAGAAUCAACAGUUUCUAUUGAUACUGUUAAUUCGACAGGCUUUAUGAAUUUUGAAAGAUAUGAAAUUGGAAAUAAUGAAGAUUCAAUAGAAAAAGAGAAAGAAAUAGAUGAUGAAAAGGAUCACGUCUCUGAAUUUUCUAAAGAUGAUGAUAACAGUUUAAAUAAUAUAAGUAAUGUUUCAGAAUUAGAAUCAAAAAAUGAACCACUCAUAAGAGUAGUUUUUGGUAAACAGCAAGAUAAUAUUAGUACAACACCUCCCUUAUUUAAUAUUCAUCCAGUUAAUCAGUUUGGUCAAACAUUAGCUGGUGCAGAUGGUGAAAGAUUUAGAGAUAAAGGAGAAGAACCACUUGAUAUUUCAGGAUAUGAUUACUUAGCAAUGGAUUGGAAAAAUAAUGAAAAAAAGCAAAGUUAUGUACUUGUGCAAUCAAAAGAAUUGAAAGAAAUAGAUGAUGAAAAGGAUCACGUCUCUGAAUUUUCUAAAGAUGAUGAUAACAGUUUAAAUAAUAUAAGUAAUGUUUCAGAAUUAGAAUCAAAAAAUGAACCACUCAUAAGAGUAGUUUUUGGUAAACAGCAAGAUAAUAUUAGUAUAACACCUCCCUUAUUUAAUAUUCAUCCAGUUAAUCAGUUUGGUCAAACAUUAGCUGGUGCAGAUGGUGAAAGAUUUAGAGAUAAAGGAGAAGAACCACUUGAUAUUUCAGGAUAUGAUUACUUAGCAAUGGAUUGGAAAAAUAAUGAAAAAAAGCAAAGUUAUGUACUUGUGCAAUCAAAAGAAUUGGAACACGAUUACGAUGAUCAAGAUACAGAUUUUGUUAAAACAGAGCAGUCAGAAGUGACUUUAGGGCAAUGCCUUCAACUAUUUACUGAACCAGAAGUACUUACCCCACAAGAAGCAUGGUAUUGUCCAAGAUGUAAAGAACAUAGAGAAGCAACCAAACAGUUGUCAUUGUGGAGGCUACCUAUAGUGCUUAUUAUACAGUUAAAGAGAUUUUCCUUUAAGAAUCUUAUUUGGAGAGAUAAAAUUGAUAAAAUGGUUGACUUUCCCGUGAGAGGAUUAGAUCUUAGUCCAUAUUUCUGUGGCUCUGUUCCUGGUGUUCCUCCAAUCUACGAUUUAUUUGCUGUCAUUAAUCAUCAUGGAAGCAUUUUAGGAGGUCACUAUACAGCUUAUGCACGAUGUGUCAAUUCACAAAAUACACGUAGAAAUGAAGUGGAUUGGAGACUAUUUGAUGACAGUCGAGUUAUGUAUGUACCAGAAGCUAAUGUAGUCACAAAGUCUGCAUAUAUGCUGUUCUACAGACAACGUGGAGUGCCAUUUACACCAACUAAUUUAUCUUCUUGUACAAAAACUUCUAACAAAGAACAGAAACAAAGGGAAAAUCUUUUAGGACUAGAUAUAGAAUUAGGAAAUGUAUUGGACAGCAACAUUCUUUCAUAUUUGGGAGAAGAAGCAACAGAAAUGGAUACUGUAGAUUGAGUGCAAUUUAAAAUAGAACAAAUUAACUGUGAUAAAGCAUCAUUCAUAUACAAUUUAUUCUUUCUCUAUGAUAAUAUACAAAAUCAUUUGGCACAUCAUCAUGAAAAUAGCACAUCUAAUAUGCAAUAUAUAUUUAUGUUUCUUAAAAAAACCAAAAUGUGUACAGUACUAUGAUAUAUUUCACAGACAGCUUAAUAUUAUAUGUGUUUUUAUUACUUUAAAAAUGUUAUUUAUAUAUAAAUACUGUAUUUACUCGCAUAUAAGAUGAGGUUUUUAUUCAUUUCUCACUGUUUCAAAAACCUAGGUCAUCCUAUACGUGCUUGUGAAGGAUUCUUUGCAUUUUUUUCAAUCAUUUUUGUGAACCGUGUAUUCUCAUCUUUUACUGGAUUCUCACCCUCUGUGAGUAUCCCGUAAAAGAUGCGAAUGCACGGUUAAAAAAAAAAAUACUUUUGUUUUUAAACACCAGAAGGGUGUUUAAAAACAAAAGUAUUUUUUCUGGGUCGUUUGAAUCCUUCUUGUGUAUUGUCAGGAGUAAAGAUGAUUAGCA